CUUUCAUCUCCCCUGUGAUGGGUAGAUAAUGAUGAAGACGGUUGCGAGGAUAGGAUACCGUUAAUAUAACGUUUUUGACGAUCUCUAAGAACGGUUCAGGGACCAGCGCAGAUCUCCAUGGGCCGGAUCGGGUAAGGUGUGUCAUCACAGACCACCUGACAGGUCACCUGACACCGCGACAAGUGCUGGGCGAGGGUGUCUUGUCGCGGCGCGUCUGCCCCUCAGUCAAGGCCAAAUUCCAUCCCAAGGAUCUCGACCAACCGUUCCGCAUAAGACGAACUGCAUCCGAUCAGUGUGUUCACUGCCUUUCUGUCACAACCAUACACUUUGGAUCUGUAGCACCCAUCGCAGAUCCUUGCAAAACCAGCAGCCUAUUGAACCAAGAACACCAACAAUUAAGCCAUGGCCGAAGCGACCUCGACCCCGCGCAUCACGGCGCAGUACCUCGACAACUACGUCGGUCGUAACGUCAUGCUCAUUGGCAAGGUCUUGCAGCUGCGUGGUGAUUCUGCCGUUCUUGACGCGGACGGAAACGUCACUGCAAUUCUCAAUCGCGAUGUCCACCUCACCAAUGGUAACGGUGCUCAGAUCAUCGGCAAGGUCAACCCGGAUCUGUCCAUCAAAGUCCUUACCUCCCGCGAUCUGGGACCCGGUGUUGACUACCAGCUCGCUGCGGCCGUAGUAGAGGCAACGCAUCACUACAAGCCCCUCUUCGUCUUUGACAAUUGACGGCACCAGCCGUACGGGCGUGUGUACGGGCGCAACCAGGUCACCAUCCCCUCACCCAGUCCACCCGAGCGCAAUACGCCCCGAGCUCCCGUGACCCGGCCGGUGACGACCACCACAACCACGGCGAACUCCAUCCAGCUGCGCCGACAGCAACAGCACCAUCACCAGCAUGAUUAUGAGAGACGGCUGCUGCAGCAGCAAACACCACCUCCCACUCAACGUCGACCACCCCGAUAUAUCCCGCCCACGCCAACCCCACCUUCCCCAAGCCUGACGCGGUACCGAUCAAUUACCCCUACCCCUUUAACUUACCCCCCAUCACCCCAGACCCAGGAGCGUCAUGCCUCCACCAUUCAGGCAUCUCAACAACCCCGCAAACAUGAUCAAGACUACCGACAAUCUUUAACCGUGAACCACGACAAGAGGACAAGUAUCCCCUACCGCCCUUCUCGCACAGCAAUUCGACCUCCGACACCGCCAUCACCAGACGUACCCACGCGGCCAAGCUUCGCCUCGUCUACGCCCGAACUUACCUCCACCUCAAACCAUCCACAGAUCCAGACUUCCUCCGAGAUCUCCAGUAGGAUCAUCAAAGCCAAAGAGGGACGAGAGGUGGAAGAAGGCAAGCAUUGCCGGCAGGGGUCCAAACUAGGGGAGCCGCAAGUGGAGGUCAAGGAAGUUAUCGACGACGACUCGGAGCUCUUGGGCGCUAUCUUGGAUGGUAUCGGACGUAUGGCGGUCGGCACCGUCGCUAUGCGCAUGGAUGAUGCAGGGCGGUGGAGGAUUCGCCGUGACCCGGGGGAGGAGAGUGAUUAGUAUCCCAUUAUGCUACUCUUGGGCUUUGCGGGCAAUGCGCAGUCAGAAAUGGGUCUGACAGAUAGCC